AAAAAAAAAAAAAAAAAAAAAAAAAAAAAAAAAAAAAUUGCAUAUUUAUAUUUCAGGCAUUAAUAAAAAGAUUUGUAGUUUUCCUUACUUGACCAAAUAAAUAAAAGAAGACUUAACAGUUGUUUGCGCAUAUCUUUAAAGCCUCUUUAUAGGUUUCUUCUUUUCGACCGCAAAGACCGUGUAGUGUCGAAUACUUGUCGGGCUUUAUUCGAGGACGAAAAAAAGACUGAAGCUAGAAGAUUCACGAAGCAUUCGUAUCCGUAUACGCAAGAAACAAUCUGUGGGAACUGAGCCAGGAGUGCAAGUUCUUAAGUUCUUGGCAAAAUCAAGUGAUUCGAUCUGGUCGACACAAACUCGCUUGCUACGUCAAAGUCGUUUAUUAUACAACAACUUUCAACAAGAGAAAGAGAGAGAGAGAGAGAGAGAGAAAGAGAGAGAGAGAGAGAGAGAGAGAGAGAGAGAGAGAGAAAGAGAGAGAGAGAGAGAGAGAGAGAGAGAGAAAGAGAGAGAUAUAUGUAUGUCACUGCAAUGAAGAUAACAAAUUUACCAAAAGCGUGCUACUUCGUAGAACUCGGAGAAAAAUAAACUAUUGAAAAAUUACUUUCUACAAAAGACCGGUGGAAUUUAAAGGAAACCUAUGACGUCACGAUUGACUGUCCAAGUUCGUUAAUAGCUCGGCAGAUAGCGCGAUGAUCGAGCGGAGCGUGCGCACCGUCACAAAUCCGCGCCAAAAGUUCAACAGUGGAUUUAAUGAGCAAAUUGGUGAAAGUAGAGAUCCAUUACACCGGUGAUCAGAAUACGUGGUUCGCUGUUGGUUUUUCGAAUUAUGGGGAAUUCAAACUCGCUGAUUAUUGUAUAUUAUGGACCGAUUGGCAUCAACAAACUCAAUUACAGGAUGCUUGGUCCGACAUAGAAGGAAAAUUAAUUCUCGAUAAGCAACAAAAUUGUGAAAAUUUCGCAUGGAAAAGAAGAAAUAAUCUGAUCAAAUUUACAUUCACAAGAAAGUUUGAUACUUGCGAUGAAUACGAUUACAUUAUUGAGAGAGGCACCACCCAUAUCGUAUGGCUAAAGGGUCGAGGUCCAUUAACUUCUUUAGCAGGAUUAAAAGUAAUUGAUUCUAAAACUUCUGGCAUGGCUAGAACAGAAUUGCUUCGGAUUACUCACAAAAAACCUAAAUUCCCAUCGAACGCCUGGCAAUUCGAUAUUAAUGUAAAAGGUGUUAAAGUACCGAACAAUGAGACAACAUAUUGGUGCCGUGUAUUCAAAUUACCAUCCCCUUUAAAACAAAAGCAUCAUAUUUUACAAUUUGGUCCAGUAAUUCAAACGGGUAAUGAACAUUUAGUUCAUCAUAUUGAGGUCUUCCAUUGUGCUGGCCCAGUUGAUUUAGAAGUACCGAUAUACGAAGGACCCUGCGAUAGUAUUGAUCGACCGGAAAAAACUCAGAUAUGUAAGAAGGUACUGGCAGCUUGGGCUAUGGGAGCAGAUGCCUUUGUAUAUCCAGAAGAAGCUGGUUUGCCUAUCGGUGGUAAAGAUUUUAAUCAACACAUCAUGUUAGAAAUUCAUUAUAAUAAUCCUGAACUUCAAGCUGGUAAAACAGAUUCCUCGGGAAUUCGUUUUAUUUUCACGAAAAGUUUGAGAAAGUAUGAUGCCGGAGUGAUCGAAUUGGGAUUGGAAUAUACAGAUAAAAUGGCUAUACCACCCCAACAGGAAUCAUUCAUUUUAUCCGGGCAUUGUAUAACAGAAUGUACAGGAGUUGGUUUACCCCAAAGUGGAAUAUAUGUAUUUGGUUCUCAAUUACAUACACAUUUAACUGGCACCAAAGUAUUAACUCGUCAUUUUAGAGACGGUAAAGAAUUACCUCUUUUGAAUUAUGAUAAUCAUUAUUCAACACAUUUCCAAGAAAUCAGAUUACUUCCUAAACCCGUUACGAUUCUACCCGGUGAUUCUUUGAUAACAACCUGUACGUAUAAUACUAUGCAAAGGGAUAAUAUUACAUUGGGUGGUUUUGCUAUAUCAGAUGAAAUGUGCAUUAAUUAUAUACAUUAUUAUCCUAAUACACGUUUAGAGGUAUGUAAAAGUGCUAUUAGCGACGACGCACUGAGAACAUAUUUUCGUUAUAUGAGAGAAUGGGAAAAUCAAAAUACGAGUAUAGAAAAGGGAAUAUCAGAUAAUUAUAAAAGCAUCGAAUGGACCAAAGUUCGCGUUGAAGCUCUUCAUGAUGUUUACCAGGCUGCUCCUUUAGGAAUGCAAUGCAAUGGAUCUGAUGGGUCUCGAUUACCUGGUCUGUGGGAUAACAUAGCCACAACUCCUAUCAGAUUACCUUUACCACCACCUGCUAGAGAUUGCUUUGAUUUCUCAUUUAGAACAGAUGUUAUGGAUUCAAUGUAAUCUAUGUUAACUUAGGUGUAGUAUUUCUCUUUUAAUAGUAAUAAUAAAUUAUUUCAAUUUGAUGUGAGAGAAAAAAAAUCAAAUAUCUAGUAAAAAAGUAAAAAAAAAAAAAAAAAAAAAAAAAAAAAAAAAAAAAAAAAUCAAAAAAAAAGUCACAAAAUUCUAUAAUACACAAUUAUUGAUCGUUAAUGAAGUAGAAUAUAUUACUACUUCUUUUUUUCUCUCUUUUUCAAUUUUGAUGUCAUAUUAUAUAUUUUAUAAUUUAUAUAAUUUAUAUAAUUUAAUAUAAAAAAAAUAAUUUAUGUAAGCAAAU